GCUAUCCGGAGAGUGUGGAGCCGCAAUCGCGUUCGGCACGUGCCUAUAGGAGGAAUUUAAAUAAUUUGACGCUCGUUAAACCGUUUAUGUGUGUGUUUACCCAACGCCACCAUGAUAGUGCUUGUGUUUAUCGGCGUGUUCGCCCUGGUGUACUACGUUAACUUUCGCCGUACGCGCAAGCGGCUGUACGAGCUGGCCGAACGCAUACCGGGCCCGUUCGACUAUCCGCUCAUCGGCAGCAUCCUGCUCACGAUCGGCAAAUCUCCGCUCGAGCUGGUAACGCACCUGAUGGAGCUGAUGCAUCACCUUCCGUCGCCGAUGCGUGCCUGGCUCGGGCCCUUCCUGCUGGUCGUCGUCGAUCGGCCGGAAAUGGUGCAGGACGUGCUGAGCUCGCCCGACUGCGUGCAGAAACCGUUCAUGUACGACUUUUUUCGGCUCAGCAAGGGGCUGUUCGGGGCACCGGCGGACCAGUGGAGGCGGCAUCGCAAGCUGCUCAACGCGUCCUUUUCGCCGGCCGCCCUGAAAAGCUUCGUGCCGACGCUUAACGCCAAGGCGGACCAAUUUACCCGCGAGCUUGCGGGCCAAGUGUCGGGCGAGUGUUUCGAUGUGCAUAGGCUGCUGGCCCGCUACACGCUGGUCACCAUCUCGUCCACCACGCUCGGGGCGGACCUGAGCGUCGAGAAGCGGGAGGUGCUGGAGGAAUACACCAGCAACGCUAUACAAAUGUUUACCAACUGCUUUGAGCGUAUCUACAAGGCCUGGCUGCAUCCGGAUUGUGUCUACCGCAUGACGGCGGCCUUCCGAGAGGAGGAGGUCCGAUUCAAGAGCUUCAAACAGAUGUCACGAAAGAUAAUAACCAUGCGACAGGCCCUGCUGAGCGAGACCAAACCAACGAAGGCCGAAUACCAGCAGGACUCCGAUCCGGAGGAAAACCAGGAGCUGCCGAAGGCGAAAAUCUUCAUCGAGCGGCUGGAGGAGAUCGCACACGAUCCGGCCAACGGCAUCGACGAGGACGGCUUCCAGCAGCACAUCGAUACGAUGAUGUUCGGUGGCAACGAUACGUCCGCCCAGGCCCUCUCCAACACCCUGCUCACGCUCGGCAUGUACCCGGACUGGCAGGAGAAGGUGUACCAGGAAAUCAUGGACGUCGUACCGCACGGUCCAGUCUCGUACGAGGAUCUCACCAAGCUGACGCUGCUGGAGAUGUUCCUGAAGGAAACGAUGCGUCUGCUGCCCAUUACGGGCCUGAUCGCCCGCACGCCGAUGAAAGAGGUGCAGGCGCAGGACGUCACCCUCCCGGUCGGCUGCUUCGUGCUGAUUCCCUUCCUGAAGAUGCACCGCGACAAAACGAUCUGGGGCCCGGACGCGGAAACCUUCAACCCGGACAACUUCCUGCCGGAACGGUGCGCCCAGCGCCAUCCGUACGCGUUCAUCCCGUUUAGUCAGGGACCGCGGAACUGUAUCGGCAUGAAGUAUGGCUGGCUGUCGAUGAAGAUCUUGCUGUGCCAUGUCGUGCGCCAGUAUCGCAUCUCGACCGACAUCAAGCUGCGCGAUAUUAAGCUCUCCCUAUCGCUGGUGAUGAAGCUCAACACGAAACAUCUGAUACGGUUGGAGCAGCGGUGAAUGUGGGGAGGCGAUCCCGUUUUUUGUGAUAUUUGGAGAGAAAUAUAUGCGUCAUAAUACCUCGUACCAGGCACUCGUGCAAUUGGCCAGAUCUAAGAUCA